ACAUUAUUGGAUACUGCCAUCUUCAGUAAGUUUUUAAACCAUUAUCAGAGGUAUAGCUGUGAGUAGCCAACAAAUUCUAAAAAACAAUUGUUGAAAAACUACUAUGUAUUGAUUGUUGGAUGAGCCAUAUGUUCAGUGAGUCAUGUAUUUCAUUCUUUGCGGUACAGCUUAGUCUGAAAUAUCCAACAAGUGCAUAUAAAUGCAGGAAGUAGAAAGAGACAGAAUGAAUUCACGGUCCCUGCGUGGCUUGCUCUAUCUGAUCUGCUGCAUGAGUGUGGUAUUCAUAUUCAUAGUUCACAUUGAUUAUAUCCCAAAUAGAGUGACAGUCUUCAACAAUUUGAGGAAAUUCAGAUUUACAUCGACGUCAUCCACAGAGCCAAAGCAACCGGAGGAGAGAGCAUGGUUUUUGACAAAUGGAACCCGGUGGCCAGAACCGGCCACAGUUGACAGCGUGACGGGACGCCGAGUGGCCAAGCUGUGGCCGCAUGAGGACACCACGAGCGACAGGGUCGUUGAACAGCUUAUGUUUCGGCCUCCAGACACUGGGCGGGAGCUUCCCAUGAAAUUGGUUUACUUCUCUGGCUACAUAGAGUGGGAGGUGAAUCAUCCGAAGGGUAGCUCCGAGCCAUUUGUGACAUGUCCAGUCAACCGAUGUGUAGGCACAACGGACGCUUCCCGAUCCCUGGAGGCCGACGCCAUCUUGAUGAAAAACAGUUUCCAUAAUCCCGGUCACCAUAAGCCGGCUAAACAGUUAUGGAUAAUGUACAGACUGGAGAGCCCGGUAAACUCGGAAUUCCUACUGCAACAGAAUGUGUACAAUUGGACUGCAACGUACAUGCGCAGUAGCGACAUCUCGCGGCCUUACUUCAAGUGGAUCUACUACGACGAGACGAGCAAAGAGUGGCCGGGACCGCCGCGGGACUUCGCCGCCGGCAAAACCAAAAAAGUCGCUUGGUUUGUCACCAACUGUUACGCACGGAAUAACCGGCUGCAGUAUGCCAGGGAACUAGGCAAACAUAUACAGGUGGACAUGUACGGUUCAUGUGGGGCGGAAUUUAAGUGUCCACGUUCGCGGGAGGACGGCUGUUUUAAAUUGCUGGAGGAAGAAUACAAGUUUUACCUGGCAUUUGAAAAUUCUAACUGUAGGGAGUAUAUCACCGAGAAGUUCUUCAAAAAUAGUCUGCGGCACAAAGUGAUCCCCGUAGUAAUGGGUGCUCCCCGAGAGGACUAUGAGCUAGUCGCGCCCAAAGACUCGUUCAUCCACGUCGAGGACUUUGACUCGCCCAAACAGCUCGCCGAGUACCUCCACAAGGUGGACCAGGAUGACGACCUCUUCAACUCGUAUUUCAAGUGGCGCGACAUGGGAGAGAUCAUCGAGGGCUACUUCUAUUGCCGGCUGUGUGCCAUGCUACAUGAUGACUACCCUGAAAAAUAUUACAAGAAAAUUGACGAUUUUUGGAGAAAGCCAGGCUCCUGUAUCAAGAAUAAGACUUGGAAAGAAUAUCGGAAGAGUGUCGGUGGAAAAUUGCCUGAAAUCUAAUAGGGAUCUCUAGAUAAAUCUAGACUUAUCUAGGACCACGGCUCAACCACACUCACGCGACUCAGGUCGAGAAGAGACUCGACUCUAGUCGAGAGCAUGUGUUUUCGAAUGGUGACACUCAGACCAGUCGAUUCUAGUCUCCGCGACUGUCACCAUUUGAAAACACAUGCUCUCGAUUAGAGUCGAGUCUCUUCUCGACCUGAGUCGCGUGAGUGUGGUUGAGCCUUGGUCUUGGAUAAGUCUAGAUUUAUCUAGAGAUCUUGUGUUUUCGAAUGGUGACACUCAGACUAGUCGAUUCUAGUCUCCGCGACUGUCACCAUUUGAAAACACAUGCUCUCGACUAGAGUCGAGUCUCUUCUCGACCUGAGUCGCGUGAGUGUGAGUUGAGUCUAAAGAGUAUAGGUAGAGUGUCGGUGGAAAAUUGUCUAAAAUCUGAUAGGAAACACUAGAUAAUUCUAGACUUAUUUAAGACUAUAACUCUACACUAUGGGAAGAGUAUUGGUGGAAUAUUAUAUGAAGUCUGGUAAUACAUUAGAGAAAUCUAGGUUUAUCCAAGACUAUAGGAUGAGAGUCAGUAGAAAAUUGUCCGAAGUCUAAUAGGGACACUAGAUAGAUCUAGGUUCAUCUGAGACUGUAGACUAUAGGAAUAGUGUAGUUUUUUGAGCAACACAAGAAUGUCGGGGUUGAAACUUCACAUAAAAAUCUCCGGUUAAAUUCGAAAUUUCAAGUCGCUGUUUUUCACUAUCUGGUAACCCCGAUAUUUCUUUCGGUAGAGGCUCAAGCACUACCUUCGUAAACAAAGCCAUAGUGAAUUCUGGUGACGUCAGCACAGGUAGCCUAAGGCUCCUAGACCAAUCAAAAUUUGUUGAUUUCAGCUGAUCUAUAUCAGCUAGUGUUUUAUUGGUGUAGGAGCCCUACCUGUGCUGACGUUACCAUCAACCACCUUUCAUGCACUAUGGCUUUGUUUACGGAGGUAGUGGCUUAAGUCUCAACUUGCUCUAUUCUGACUUCAGUCGGUUCUACUUACUACAUAAUAGUUACUAGUUAUUAGUCAGUCAUACUACUUAAAGUAACUUACGAUACUAUUUAAUUCCAAGUGGAGGUACGUUAGUCAACAAAACUGUGAUAAGAUGUAAUUCUAAAUUACUACAUAAAACCGUCCAAGGAAACCAUUGCUAUGCUCAUAGUAUUAACUGAAUGUGUAGUUUAUUUUUAGUGGAGUGUUGCCUGUAGGGUUUGAAGUCAGUGUCAACCCAUUUGUUAAUUAAUUAUUGAUAGUCUUAUUGAUUCCUAUAAGAAAAUUGGGAUUUUUGAUAAAUAAUAGUUAACAACAUUGACUUGUUUAAAUUAUGCUUUAAGAUGAUUCAUAUUGUCUAAAGAUAGUCUACAUAAUGCUCUUGAAUGUUGGAGUUGAUGAGCGUCAAGAGAGAAAUAUUUUAAAUAAUAUUAAGAAAAUUGGACUUUUUCAAGAAGAAAUUGAUUUUUUAUAAGAAUGAAAGGUGUUUUACUGCUCUACUGUUUUUCUAUCACUUGAUAUAAAUUUUAUUGAAAUGAUGUGUUCAGAUUGAAGCACCAGACUGCUCAGUAAGAUAAUGUUCAAGUAAGACAAGUAUCAAGUCUUAGGACUGCCGCAAAGUAGACCCACGAUAAUCCACAAAAAGCAACCCACGCCGUAGGAUGUUUUGUAAACCAUUGCUAUAGAAUUAUUCAUAAUCAAUCAGCUGACAAGUGGAUUAUUCAUUGCAUAUAUUAUUAUCAUUACACAGAUUUCUGGAGAAGCCAAGCAAUGGUUUACAAAACAUCCCAGGGCGUGGGUUACUUUUCGUGGAUUAGCGUGGGUCUACUUUGCAGCGGGCCGAAGCCUAACUGGUGUACGAUUGUAAUUAUAGUUUAUAGUAUAGGUACUUCAUUAUGUACACAUUCUCAAGUUGACUUGAUAAUAGAUUGAUUAUAUAUUUUUGAAAAUUUUCUAAAUAACCGAAGGUAACAGAAUUGUCCAAUAAUUUAAAUUAGCAGAUGAAUCUUUUUCAUUAGUUUUUUAUACCAGCUACAAUCAUAUAUUUAUUUAACAUCUCUGUGGAUACUUCUUUCUAUCAAUGUAUCUUCGAAAAUAAAUUUAAUUGCAAAAAGUGUAAGAAAUUCUAGACAAUUUAAAUUAGCGUAAAUUUGAGUUUCAAAUUUUGUCUCAAGGUUGACUGUAGUAAACAAUGAUUGAAGAAAUGUGAUGUUAACAAGAUUUUUUUUCAGAUUUCUAGUAUUGAUGCUUGAAUAAAUUGCAAAUAUUUUAUCGGUAUUCAUGUUAAGUUGUAUGUAUAUUUUCCUAACUUCUAUAUUUUGAAACUUUAAUGCAUUUCUAAAACCAGUAAAACAUUUGUUGAAAAUGCGUU